AAUAACACGAGUAAAACCCUGACCAAAAGACUUUAUAUUAUUAUUAUUUUGUAAUUUGUGAUUUAUUGCGGGAACAUGAAUGGAACGACGGCCUUUGAGCCUGUACCUACAAAGGCUGCGCUAGCUCUUAAAAAUAAACAAAGGACUGAGUUUAAAGCGUUAAUUUUCGAAGAACCUAAAAUCAACAGGGAUUUCGAACUGAACCAGCCCCUAGUGACCAAGAAAAAUAAAAUCUCAAAUUCAAGACCUGAUGAAGACGGAAAUGCCUUUGAUAUCAAGAAAGCUCGUCAUGAAGUAAUAAAUUUUGCCAUGAACAACCAGCGUAUUCAAAAGAAUCAAAAGAAAAUGCAAAUAUUUCAAAUGGUGCAGUUAGGAGCAAAGCCGCCAAAGAAGGAACACAAAAAUUACAAAGAACUGCUGGAUGAAAAACGUCGUUUAAAGGAUAUACGAGAAGCCAGAAAGAAAUUUCAUCAGUUGGGUAAAAAUCAAACAGGAGCAGCUUCAGUAAAAUGCCGCAGUAAAACCAAAAUAGAAAAGCAAUCUAAGAAACGAGUUCCAGUGUCAUCUAUAGACCAGCAUUAUGGUGUUGCUAGACCAAAGUUAAAGAAGAAAAAAUGAAUAAAAUUAAAGUUUAUUA